GAUUUCUCCUCUCUCAUCCUUCUCUCUGCAUUGCUCCCUUCUCCUCCUUCUUUCUGUGCUCUUCUUUCUUUCUUUCCCUGUACUUCUCCCCUCUUUUUUUCCCCGAACAACUACCGUCUGCUCUCUUCUUACUCCUCACACUCACCCCCUCUUUCUCUCCAUCUCAUUCCCCUCUCCUGUCCUCUUUUGGUGCAUGGAGAGAGGGUCUCUGGCCCCCACCUGCAUCCCUCCUCUCUACCUCCCUCCAUGGGCGUCCGAGCAUCCUGCAGGCCAGACCCUGCGUCCCAGCAGAAUGACUCUCCUCUUCCAGACCAGGAUGAGGAGAUACUGGGCUCUGACGAUGAGGAGCAGGAAGACCCCAAUGACUACUGUAGAGGAGGUUACCACCAUGUGAAGAUAGGAGACCUGUUCAAUGGUAGAUACCAUGUGAUCAGGAAGCUGGGCUGGGGACAUUUCUCCACCGUGUGGUUGGCCUGGGACAUACAAGGGAAGUGUUUUGUGGCCAUGAAGGUGGUGAAGAGUGCAGAGCAUUACACUGAGACAGCCCUGGAUGAGAUCAAGCUGCUGAGAUCAGUCAGGAACACGGACCAGAAGGACCCCAGCAGGGAGAGGGUAGUUCAGUUACUGGAUGACUUCAAGAUCUCUGGCAUGAACGGAACUCAUGUCUGUAUGGUGUUUGAGGUUCUGGGUCAUCACCUGCUGAAGUGGAUCAUCAAGUCUAACUACCAGGGCCUUCCUCUGCCCUGCGUCAAGAGCAUCAUACGACAGGUUCUCCAGGGCCUGGACUACCUUCACUCCAAGUGUAAGAUCAUCCAUACAGACAUCAAGCCAGAGAACAUCCUGUUGACGGUCAACGAGCCCUACAUCAAGAAGAUGGCUGCCGAGGCAACAGAAUGGCAGAGGACUGGAGCUCCACCCCCCUCCGGUUCCGCAGUAAGCACAGCUCCAGCACCCAAACCAACGGUGAAGAUGUCUAAGAACAAGAAGAAGAAGAUGAAGAAGAAACAGAAGAAGCAGGCAGAGAUGUUAGAGAAGAGGAUUCAGGAGAUGGAGGGAGCGCCGGAAGGAGGAGAGGAAGAGGAGGAGGGGGAGGAAGAGACCACUGCAGACACCCCCCCGCCCUUGUCUGACACACUACAGGACAUAGCUAAUGAUUUCACAGCAGGUCCAGAUAAACCGGAAGAGAAAGAGGAGGAGGAGGAGAGCAGGAUGGAGGUGACCUGCAAUGGCCACAGAGAGGAAGACACUGCAAGCCAGGAGGUACAGAGGACUGAGGAAGAAGAGGAGAAAGACGAAGAGGACCAACAGAAAGCCAACAAACUCAACGCCAGCACGGAGGGUCGUGACCUGCCGGUCAAUGCAACUUACCCAGAGUACAACGGCAAAGGUCCCGGUGACCCACACGAUCCUGGUACAGAUGGUAAACAAGGGAGAGAGCAAGGGAAGGAGAGCGAGAUGGAGACUAAGGUGAUGCCUGGAAUAGAGGAUGAAGAGGAGGAGGAGGAGAGGAACGAUAAAGUAGCAGCAGGUAGUCUGUUGGUCAACCCUCUGGAACCUCUCAAUGCAGACAAGAUCCAGAUCAAAAUCGCUGACCUGGGGAACGCCUGCUGGGUGCACAAACACUUUACAGAUGACAUACAAACUCGCCAGUACCGUUCUCUGGAGGUGUUGAUGGGAGCGGGCUACGGGACGCCUGCUGAUAUCUGGAGUACUGCUGCUAUGGCCUUUGAGCUGGCUACAGGGGACUACCUGUUUGAGCCUCACUCCGGACAGGACUACACCAGAGAUGAAGACCACAUCGCGCUGAUCAUUGAGCUGCUGGGUAAAGUUCCUAGGAAGCUGAUCCUAGCAGGAAAAUACUCCAAGGAAUUCUUCACCAAGAAAGGGGACCUCCGGCACAUCACCAAGCUGAAGCCGUGGGGUCUGUUGGAGGUGUUGGUAGAGAAGUAUGAGUGGUCUAAAGAGGAGGCAGCUACCUUCUCCAGCUUCCUGCUCCCGAUGUUAGACCUGGUACCAGAGAAGAGAGCCACGGCUGCGGAGUGCCUCCGACACGCAUGGAUCGCCCCCUAGAGGAUCCCCGGCGCUACCACAGCCACAAGCAGCACAUAUUGCAGUACAUACAGACAGACAUGUACAUAAACACACAUUCAAACAUACGUAAACACACACCUCAACGGAGAGCCAGGGCUUUCACUAUGACUGCAUCUCCACCUAGUGGUUCAACACACACACCCACACGGCUGAACACCCUCGUGUCCUAGGUAUAAUCCAGUAGAACUCUUAUCUGUUCGUCUGUUAUUUGGUUCCUUUGUUUCAACUGACUGAAUAUCACUUGAGUAUCAAUGUCUUUUCUCUCUGUACCAACGAUGACACCCAGGUAACUCUUUUUGUUCUGAGAAUAUCCUGUCUUUUUUCAGUUUUUUGUCUUGUUUGAUUGAAUAUACACACCUGUCAGAGUUAAGAUCAAACCUUACAGACCUCCAAUGGAUCAUAUCUCCAGAACACCAACUGUCUGUACCACUAGACUAGCACAUCAGAAUUGUUUUUUUUUUUCAUGUACAGUAUUGAUAGAGGUUAGUUUGGAUCUUUAUUUUGUGUUUGUGGGGAAGAAUAGCUGCCUAGAAUACGAUAAAGAAGGUUUGGACUGUCAUAGAUUCUAAGGAUUCUCCAUGAAAUCUUCCUGAACUGGGAACCGAUGUGAAUGAACUGAAACUUCCUGAACGGAAUGGAACCGUCUGGUUCCGUAAGAUCGUCCCUGUCCUUCGGUGUCACACUCCAGGUAGCAGCUUUGUAAUAGCACUUCGCACAACGUGGGGAUAGUACCAUGAACCAAAUGUAAUUUACUACUUUCUGUUACCUGCAUGGGUCCACAGACCAUGACUAAUGCUACUGAAUAACCAUGUUUCAUAUGUUCUCUCCUGUGGUGUUUAACGUUCCAGACAAGGUUUGCCUCAGAAAGAAAAGGGAAAAAAAUGAUUUGGGUGUUAGCUAGAUGGUGUGAUACAAUAUCAUGAGAAUGUUCCACUUUCACAAUAUGAUCAGAAUGGGAGUACUACUGUAUCUGAUUCAAGAACAUCCGAUUUUUAUUUUCCAAUCAGAAGGUCGUGGUUGCCUUCCAAAAAAUGUCCACCCUGUUCCCUAUAAAGUUAGGAACAGGGUGCCAUUUUGAACGGACCCCUGUGUUGUACAUAUCUGUGCUCAAAACGUUGACCUUGGUUCUCUGCGUUCCCUCUACAGAACAGCUGCUGUUUCAACGGUGUACGUUUACACUGCCUACGUCCCAAAUGACAACCCAUUCCCUACAUAGUGCACUACUUUUGACCAGAUUCUUAAGGGCCCAGUUCAAAAGUGGUGCACUAUAUAGGGAAUAGGGUGCCACUUGGAACGGAACAUGUCUGCGUCGUUUCGGAUGUCAACUGAUGCCUUGAGACGCAUUUGCUAGUUUUUUUUGCUGCAUUUUAAAGCAUAUUUUCAUACUGAUGUUGCCCCGCUUGCAGUGGUCUGCUGUUUUAACUGCAUCAAAGAGAAACUAAAUCAUGGAUUGUAAUAAUAAUGAGGCUAGAAUAAGGCUUUGAAGGCUCCCCCCCCCCCUCUCUCCCCUGUUGCUCUUUUUCUACAAGCCUCUCUCCCUUCUCUCUUUCCCUGACCGCCCCUUGCCUCUUCCUCCUCCUCUGCCUUUGAUUGUUUACUGCUAAAUCGAGCCUCUUUUCUGUACUUAAUAAAAAAUAAAACAUUUUGAAAAUG